AUGGACCAAAUAAUAACUUUGGAGGAAGUUAAGAAACAUCGGCGAAAAAGUAGUGUUUGGAUGGUCAUCCACAACGAUGUGUACGAUGUAACAUCAUUCUUAGAAGAGCACCCUGGUGGUGAAGAUUCUCUAUUAGAAGUGGCUGGUAAAGAUGGGACACAAGGGUUUGAAGAUGUUGGACACAGUGAUGAUGCUAGAGAACUCUUGAAGAAGUACAAAAUAGGAUCACUACCACCACAACAGAAGACCUCAUUCAUUCAAGAUUGCUCAAAACUCAAGUGGGCCGUACUAGCGUUGGCUGGCGCGAUAGUUUUAGGCUUCGUCAUCAAAAAGGCAAUGAACAAAUAA